AUGGCGGCGCGACCUCAGAAUAUUGGCAUUAAAGCCAUCGAGAUCUACUUCCCAAAUCAGUGCGUUGAGCAAUCUGAACUGGAGAAAUUCGAUGGCGUUGCAGCUGGAAAGUACACAAUCGGCCUGGGGCAGACCAAGAUGUCCUUCUGUGACGACAGGGAAGUAGACAUAUAUUCCAUCGCCCUUACUACCCUGACGAGCCUGAUCUCGAAGUUCUCCAUCGACCUUAAGAACAUUGGAAGAUUAGAAGUCGGUACGGAAACAAUGCUGGACAAGAGCAAGAGUGUCAAGUCCGUUCUGAUGCAAUUAUUCGAGAAGUCGGGUAAUUUCAACGUUGAGGGUGUGGACUCUUACAAUGCUUGCUAUGGCGGUACAAAUGCAGUUUUCAACACACUGAACUGGAUCGAAUCGUCAGCUUGGGACGGACGAGAUGCCAUUGUCAUUGCAGGAGAUAUCGCUCUUUACAAGAAAGGCAAUGCUCGUCCCACGGGCGGUGCUGGCUGUGUGGCCAUGCUGAUUGGACCUGAUGCGCCGGUUGUCUUCGAACCUGGUCUCCGAGGGUCAUAUAUCACUCAUGCUUACGAUUUCUACAAGCCGGAUCUCACCAGCGAGUAUCCCUAUGUUGACGGGCAGUUCUCUUUAAGAUGCUAUACAGAGGCAGUCGACGCUUGCUACAAAGCAUACAACGCCCGAGAACGAGUGCUCAAAUCCCGAGCAAACGGCGCCGUGGUUAACGGCCAUGGUGUCAUGAACGGAAAUGGUAUGCACACGGAAGAGAACGAGAAAGCUCCCCUGGAUAGGUUUGACUUCAUGGCCUUCCAUGCACCUACCUGCAAGCUCGUCUCGAAAUCAUAUGCUCGACUCUUGUACAAUGACUUUCUGGACGAUCCAAGCCACCCACAAUUCCGAGACGUCGCACCUGAGUUACGGGAUCUGGAAUAUCAGGCAUCUCUGACCGACAAGAACGUGGAAAAAACAUUUAUGGGAUUGACGAAGAAGCGAUUUGCUGAACGGGUGCAACCGGCCAUCCAGGUUGCCACGAUGUGUGGAAAUAUGUACUGUGGCAGUGUAUACGGUGGCCUGGUUGGGCUGAUCAGCAACGUUGCUCCUAAAACGCUCCAAGGCAAGAAGGUGGGGGUUUUCAGCUACGGGAGUGGUCUGGCCAGCUCGAUGUUCAGCUUGAAGGUUGUCGGUGACACCACGGAAAUGGCUGAGAAGCUGAACCUUCAAGCCCGGCUAGAUGCCCGCAGGGUUGUUGCGCCCGAGGUGUACGAUGAAAUGUGCUUGUUGCGAGAAAAGGCACACCUCAAGAAAGACUUCAAACCGGCGGGCAAAGUGGAGGAUUUGGUGCCAGGAACAUAUUACCUCACUGAGGUCGACGAGAUGUUCCGACGAAAAUACGAAGUCAAGGCAUAA